CAUACGCAAAGCACAUCUACUUGCAAGAGCGACUCGCCGCCGAUAACCCAACGCAACACACACUUAAGCUUACACACUUAUCACAAUGGUCGCCGUUACUGCCACUCGAGGUCGAGAACUCGACGCCACCUCUGACAAGAUCGACGAGGUCAACGUUCUCAAGGGACAACUCAAGGGAGACGCCGCCGCCUUUGACGAAGCCUCCAAGUUUGACGAGACCAAGGAGAAGGAGACGUUCCGAAACUACGAAGAUGCCAAAGACCAUGUCAAGGUGUUUUACGCCGAGCAGCACGCAAAGCAGACUCUCGAGUUCAACCUCAAGGCUCGUGAAAAGUUUCACAGCGAGACCAGGGCUCGGAUGACCAUUUGGGAAGCCAUCGAGAAACUCGAUACUUUGAUCGACGAGAGCGACCCAGACACGAGUCUCUCUCAGAUCCAGCACCUGCUCCAGACUGCUGAAGCCAUGCGUCGGGACGGCAAGCCCGACUGGAUGCAGCUCACCGGGUUGGUCCACGACCUCGGCAAGCUCCUCUGCUUCUACGGCGCCGAAGGACAAUGGGACGUUGUCGGUGACACCUUUGUUGUCGGCUGCAAGUUUUCCGACAAGAUCAUCUACCCCGCGACCUUCGAAGCGAACCCGGAUUACAACAACCCCAAGUUGAUGACCGAGAACGGCAUCUACGAAGCCGGUUGCGGACUUGACAACGUCUUGCUAUCCUGGGGUCACGACGAGUAUCUCUACAACGUACUCAAGGAUCAGUCGACUUUGCCCAAGGAAGCCUUGUCGAUGAUCCGAUACCACUCCUUCUACCCUUGGCACCGAGAGGGCGCUUACCGCCACUUCAUGCGCGACGGAGACGAGGAACAGCUCCGAGCUGUCAAGGCGUUCAACCCUUAUGACCUCUACUCCAAAUCCGACAACCCGCCUUCCGUUACCGAGCUAAAGCCCUACUACAUGAGCUUGAUCGACAAGUACAUCCCCGGUGUUCUCGACUGGUAGACCGCUCGGCCGAUGGCAUCGCCCGCAUCAGACACAAGUUUGCGAUUUACGAUUUACGACAUUAGAGCUGGUUUCAUUCUUUUCACUUUAGUUGUAUAGUUGACCCUGACAUAAUAGAGCGGACAAAGUUCUGCACUUGUACAAUUUAUCCUAUGCUGCAUGAAUCCUUUCGUGACUCGUACCCACCGCCUUGAGUAGG